AUGACGACGCCCACUUCGCCGAAGACGACCCGCGCUUUUACGAAUGACAGUGCGGACGGGGAUGCGAUACCGGGCGAAGACACCAGCGAGGUGACGAGGCUGUUUGCAGAGCGGCUGCAGGCCUGGAAGCAUGCCGUGGGGUAUCUUGAGGACUAUGUCACUGCGACGGAGAAGACGCAGCACGCGCACGGGAAAGAGUACGAGAGGGUGCUCAAGACUGUAAGGGACCCUCUGAAGCAAGGACAACAUUUCGAUCAGUCGCUGGGCGGCAUCGCGGGCAUGUUUGAGAACAUUCGGUCGAAUACCCAGGGCAUCUCCAACCAGCACUACGACACGGCGAAGCAGCUCAAGGGCUCCAUCCUCCCCAUCUUCGAGCGCCUCCACACCGAAAUCAAAAGCAAGACAAAGGAGCUCACAAAAGGGGCCGGCAAGGGAAGCAAGGCGGUCGACAAGGCGCGAAAUUCGACUCAGAGGCACAUUGAGCUGCUAGGCCAACAUACGGCAGCCUUUGACUCCACGGGCGGCAAGAUGAGCGCGGCAGAGGACCCCUACAUCCUCCAGCGUGGCAUCAUGCACCGCCUGAACAAGCAGAUCCAGGAGGAGAACAACAACCGCCAGGAUCUAGUCAGCGUGCAGAACUCAUUUGCGCAGUUUGAAGCGCACAUCAUCCAGACGGUCCAGCACGGCAUGGGCCAGUUCAUGCAGGUGGUCAACACGCAGGCCGAGCAGACAAAAGCCAUGUACGGCGACAUGGUCGGCACUGCGCAGCGCAUCCCCCUCGAUUUCGAAUGGAACGGCUUCGUGCAGCGUAACAACACCGUCCUCAUCGACCCCUCGCAGCCCGCCCGCUCCGUCUCCAACAUCAACUUCCCCAACCAGAACCACCGCGCGACGCAGCCCCUGAUUGCCGGCUCCCUCGAGCGCAAGGGCAAGAUCAUGCGCAGCUACGACACAAACUACUACGUCGUCACGCCCUCCAAGUUCCUGCACGAAUUCAAAACCGACGACGACUUCGCCAAGGACCCCCAGCCCGAGUUGUCGCUAUACCUCCCUGACUGCAUCGUCGGCGGUUGCAACGGCAACAAGUUCAACGUCAAGGGCAAGGACGUCAGCAAGGGGAAGCUCGGUAAUUCGUUCAGCAUGGCCCACGAACUGCAGUUCAAGGCGCACACCCCGCAGGCCGCCAGCCAGUGGUGGGAGAUCAUCCGCCAGGCCGCCGGCCAGGUGACGGGUGAGGCGCCCGAGAGCAGCGCGCCGACGAGCCCCGCGACGGGGAAGACUAGCCCUGGCAGCGCGGGCGAGACGCAGAGCCCCGCGACCGCGGAGAGCAGGCAGCCUGCGCCGCUGCAGACGGAGGGCCUGGAGAAGAAGCAGAGUGUGGGCAGUCCGCAGACGGCGAAUACCACGGGGACGGCGAACACCCCGGGAACGACGCCGGCUAGUGCGGCUCCAGGGAGUGCGGCACCUACGAGUGGUGUUAGUGGCGAGCCGGGGAAGUACUGA